AAAUAGCCAAGAACUUUACUUAGGCCCUGAAUCUGAAUUAUCGAAAACUGUGCAAUUUGGAUUUAAUAUUAUAUUUUGAUUUUAUUUCAGUGAUUAACUAUUAUACUUAUAUCAUUAAAAAUUUGAGUGUAUGUGUUAUAUUUGUUAAGAUGUGGAUCUGCAUAAAUAUUGUUUAAAGGCCAAAGUAUAUUUUCUCUUUUAGGUCUAAAGGCUUGAUCACAGUAUUACGGUCACAAUAUCGGUCGUGAUGAAAAAACAUCUGUAAACUGGAAUAUCUAAGAAUGGCUGAAUUUUUCGAUGAAGAAAAUGCAGUAGAUUUAUCUUAUAAUGAUUUGGAUACCUUUCCUGAUUUUUUAAGUUCCCACGCUACGAGAUAUAUCUCAUUGAAAUUGGAUCAUAACAAUAUCACCAUAUUAUCAAGGCAGAUUGGAAAAUAUGAAUCCCUCGUUACCCUAGACAUUUCUGAUAAUAAAAUGACCUAUCUAAGCGAUGAGCUUACUCGUCUUAGUAGUUUACGAAGUUUAAUAGCGAAAAACAAUAGGCUCGAUGAAGAUACUCUGCCCAAGAACUUUGGAACUAUGAAAAGCCUACAGCUUAUCAAUUUUGCUGGAAAUCGAUUCAACGAAUUGCCAACGCAGUUUACUGAACUUGAAAAUCUUAACCGACUAUUUAUGGGUGCUAAUCGCUUAAAAACUCUUCCAGAAAGCAUCAGUCAAUUGACGCAAUUGGAGGUAUUAUAUGUUGGUGGUAAUAAGUUACAGUCAAUACCUGAAUCAAUUGGUGAUUUAAAGUAUCUAACAGCUAUGAUCUUAUCAGAUAACCAGCUAACAAGUUUACCUGAUAGUAUUUUAAAAUUACGUCGUUUGCAAUCAUUAAGCCUACAUAAUAAUCAGUUGCAAACUUUACCUCCCCAGAUUGUUGGGUUACAACUUACAGAAUUAAGUUUGCGUAAUAACCCUUUAGUUAUUCGAUUUGUGGAAGAUUUGAUAUGGGAACCCCCUUCUCUCAAAGAGCUUGCUGGUAGAGUAGCCAAACGACAUCAUCUUACAUAUACCGAGUAUGAUCUUCCAAGGUGUCUUAUUGAGUACUUAUCCUCAGCUCAUCAGUGUGUCAAUCCGAAGUGUCGUGGAGUAUAUUUUACUUCAAGAGUUGAACACGUCAAAUUUGUGGAUUUCUGCGGAAAAUUCAGAUUACCGCUUAUGCAAUAUUUGUGUUCACCUGCAUGUACAGCUGAAUCACCAAGAGUCAGAAAGUGCUCAGAGACGGAUUCAGACGAAGACACUCCAGUUACCCGAAUGAAAAAAGUGCUAUUGGGAUGA